CCAUAGUCCCACUCGGCCCAAGAAGUCCGACUAAAUCGGCUUUUUCCAUAAACACCGGUUUCCUAUUGACGAAACACCUCAAACUACUUAGCUGGGAUUAACCUGCUAUUUAAUUGGCUAGGCAUUCUGUAACAGCUACUAAACUUGUCAUGCCGACAUCCUAUUAACUGGGAAGCAUUCGCCUUUUCUAAUCAAUGACUUCUAGAUUUAAGUAAACGCCUAAUUCUCAAGACAUACGUCGAUCGUUGCUAGGAAUUUUAUCAACUCUAACUACUACUGCUCUGGUCGCCGUUCGGACCUGUUGAGAUCGGCUUCUCAACGUAUGACCUUUCGGCUAGCCCCUGUUCCGUCCGUCUAAUAAGACACAUCGCCUGGGAUCAAAUUCGCCUUAAUGCGGCCGUAGCCUUUAUCUGGCUCAGGAUCACUCUCAGGAACCAAAAUCGGCAACUGUAUUAUUUCAACUAUACACCAUAUCCACGAUGCUGUCUACUUGGCGGAACUUCUCCGUUAUAUCUCUCCUUUCCUCAUAUCUCCUCGUCUCUCUCCAGCCAGGAUGGACCAAAUCACAGCUUUUUGGCACAUUUGUUGCCAUCUGGUUUCUCCAAGCAUUCGUCUACUACGCUAUUUGGAGGGCGAUCUUAUAUCCUAAAUUAUUCUCUCCUCUGCGUGGUCUUCCUCACCCUAAGAAUGGGUCUUUCUUCAUGGGACAAUUCAAAGAUAUACGCUCUAAACCAACUGGUAUUCCUAUGAGGGAAUGGGUUUCCACUAUACCAAACAAUGGUAUAAUUCGAUAUCUGGGUCCGUUCAACCAAGAGCGUCUACUUAUAAGUGGUUCUAAGGCACUUGCUGAGGUCCUAGUUACUCGAAAUUAUGAGUUUCAGAAGCCAACCACUAUUCGCUUCGGCCUUAGUCGUCUCCUGGGUGUUGGUAUACUUCUUGCCGAAGGCGAAGAACACAAGUUCCAACGUAAGAACCUCUUGCCCGCAUUUGCAUUCCGACAUGUCAAGGAACUUUACUCGACCUUUUGGUUGAAGGGUCGUGAAGUUGUACAAGUUAUGACGAAAAGUAUCAUCGCCGAUGCGCAAAGUGAGGCGUCUAUCCAAGACCCUGAGAAAGCAAAGAAGACAUCAAUAAUAGAGGUCGGUGAAUGGGCGUCCCGGGUGACGCUAGAUAUUAUCGGUCUCGCUGGAUUUGGUCAAGACUUCGGGUCUAUUCAGGAUCCAAAGGCCGAGCUUAGUGAAACGUAUCGAAGUGUAUUCAAACCAUCAAGACAGGCCCAGAGGCUGGCUUUCCUAAGUCUGAUCUUUCCCAAUUGGUUGCUUGCUCGACUUCCUAUCAAGCGCAACAAUGACAUCAACGCAGCAGCAGAAACCAUCCGAAAUGUAUGCCGAAGACUAAUCCAAGAAAAGAAGGAGAAAUUGGCACGCAAGGAGCUGAAGGAUCGCGAUAUUCUCUCUGUCGCUUUAGAAUCUGGCGGUUUCUCGGACGAGAAUCUCGUUGAUCAGCUCAUGACUUUCCUAGCAGCCGGUCAUGAGACGACGGCUACUGCGAUGACAUGGGGUAUUUACAUGCUCUGCAGAUAUCCUGAGAUACAGAAACGACUCCGUGAUGAGAUUCGAGCAAACCUACCCCCUAUCGACUCAGACAAGGGGGUUAAUAGUCAAGACAUCGAUCACCUGCCUUACCUGAACGCUGUCGCAAGCGAGGUCCUACGAUAUUACGCCCCGGUCCCACUCACACUCCGCGAGGCUGCUGUUGAUACUACGAUACAAGGACAAAAAGUGCCCAAGGGGACGGCGAUCAUGUUGUCGCCAUGGGCAACCAACUUCGACAAGACUAUGUGGGGUCCCGACGCACACGAGUUCAACCCAGACCGAUGGAUGCCUAAGGGUCCUGACGACAAGAAAGCCGCUAGUGGAGGUGCGUCGAGCAAUUAUGCAUUCUUGACGUUCCUUCACGGGCCAAGGAGCUGUAUCGGGCUGGCCUUCGCCAGAGCCGAGUUCGCUUGCUUGCUAGCGACAUGGGUUGGUCGAUUCGAGUUUGCUCUGGCAAAUGAAGAGUAUAGGGACGAGAAAAACAUAAUGAUUAAAGGAGGCAUCACUGCUAGACCGGAACACGGCAUGCAUGUCUACGCUACGGUCUUGGACGGGUGGUGAUUUGUGUGACGUGUCUGAUGGAUUAUUGGAUACAGAACUAACUUGUAUAUUGGUGGUUAGGUUAUAUUUAAUGAUCUAGGAUAUUGUUAAUACCCCUUAGUCUUACUUAGGUAGUUAUAGGUACCGUGUAUAGAUCCCAAUGGUAGAUAUCCCAGUGUUCCAAGUCGAGAUUGAAUCUAGGAAAGGAGCAGUAAACAGAUA